UAAUGUGAUGUUGUGUGUCCAGCUGAAGAGAGAUGUUGGACGAGACGGUCAGUGAAUACUUUAAAGAGGAAAAAGUUGUGUUCCAGAAAAGUUUGCAGAGCUAGAGAGGAAAUUGAGAAUGGGCCAUCAACAAUGCUAGGUCUACAAUGGGAAGUGUCACACUUCGCUAUUUCUGCUAUGGGUGCCUUUUCACAUCUGUGACCUGGACGCUUCUGCUCUUUGUGUACUUCAACUUCAGCGAAGAAACCCACUCUUUCAAGAAUGUGCCCGUCAAGGGGCUGGAACCUCAAAAGCCAAUUCCUAAAAAAUUCUAUCCCCGGUUCACUCGGGGUCCCAUUCGCAAACCCGAGCCACAGAAGAAAGGAGGCAAGAUAGGGAAUCCAUUGGGGAAUCAUGAACAGGACCCAGUGAAGGGAGACAUGGAUUUUUCUCCUGAAAUGGGCAUGAUUUUUAAUGAGCAUGAUCAGGAGGUGAGAGACUUGGGCUAUCAGAAACAUGCCUUCAAUGUGCUGAUCAGUAACCGGCUGGGAUACCACAGAGAUGUGCCAGACACCAGGGAUACAAAAUGUAAAGGAAAGUCCUACCCUUCUGAUCUACCUUCUGCUAGUGUUGUUAUCUGUUUCUACAAUGAAGCACUUUCUGCCUUGCUUCGGACGGUACACAGCGUCCUGGAUCGCACGCCAUCAUAUCUUCUUCAUGAAAUUAUCCUGGUGGAUGACAACAGUGAAUUUGCUGAUCUGAAAAAAGACCUAGAUGAAUAUAUUCAGAAAAACCUUCCAAAAAACACCAAGCUGGUAAGAAAUGAAAAACGUGAGGGUCUGAUUCGAGGAAGAAUGAUUGGAGCAUCUCAUGCUACAGGAAAAGUGCUGGUGUUCCUGGACAGUCACUGCGAGGUGAAUGAGGUGUGGUUGCAACCUUUACUGACUCCAAUCAGAGAAGAUCGCAAGACAGUGGUGUGCCCUGUGAUUGACAUAGUCAGCGCCGAUACCCUUACCUACAGUUCUUCUCCAGUUGUGCGUGGAGGGUUUAACUGGGGCCUGCACUUUAAAUGGGAUCUUGUUCCUUUGUCAGAACUAGAAGGACCCGAGGGAGCUACUGCUCCAAUCAAAUCACCUACCAUGGCAGGAGGAUUGUUUGCUAUGGACAGAGAAUACUUUAAUGAGCUUGGACAGUAUGACAGUGGCAUGGAUAUUUGGGGAGGUGAAAAUCUGGAGAUAUCAUUUCGGAUCUGGAUGUGUGGGGGCAGACUACUAAUCAUCCCUUGCUCCAGAGUGGGACACAUUUUCCGUAAGAGGCGCCCAUAUGGCUCCCCUGGGGGGCAGGACACCAUGGCACACAACUCUCUGCGUCUGGCACAUGUGUGGAUGGAUGACUAUAAGGAACAAUAUUUUGCCCUAAGACCUGAACUAAGGACCAGAAGCUAUGGAAACAUUACUGACCGUGUGGAGCUGAGGAAAAAAUUGAACUGCAAGUCAUUUAAGUGGUAUUUAGAUAACAUCUAUCCAGAGAUGCAAGUGUCUGGGCCCCAUGCCAAAGCUCAGCAACCAGUAUUUAUUAAUAGAGCACAAAAACGACCAAAAAUAAUCAAACGUGGAAGGUUGUAUCACCUUCAAACCAACAAGUGUCUGGUUGCCCAGGGUCACCCAAGUCAGAAAGGAGGACUAGUAGUGGCUAGGGAAUGUGACUACAAUGAUCAGAACCAGGUGCUGUCCAUGGAAACUGAGGAUCCCAUCACAUUGCCCAGUCUUGGUUUGGCAGUCUUUGUUACUCAGUGUGCAUUGUCAGGAGCUGCUCAGUGGCCUUCAUCUCUGUUACUGUGAGGUGCAUAUGGAUCAUGGACGGUUCUUUUUCAACCCUGGGUGGAAAGACUGCUAUUCCACCAACCCCUACAAGCUGCUGUAGAUAGCUGUAAACUACUUCUCUACACUGGAUUUCAUGAUUCUGUGCCUCUUAGUCCUUUCUCCUUUAUGUAUUCUAACGGCAUAUUCAGCCCUGCUAUUUGAAUGGUUGUAGCUUCAAACCAGUGUUUGAAUAAGUAUUAAGGAACAUUAAAUUAAAUAAAAGGAAUUUGAAAGAUGCCCUGAAGACACUGGCUGUAGUAGAAUCGUGCUUUUAGAUCCAUAGAAUCAUAACACGGAAAGGGACCUCGGGCAUCAUCAUCUCCAUCACAGGUAUGGGAUGUGGCAUUCCCAAACCAUGCCACACAGUUGCUUAUCUAGUUUCUUUUUGAAAACAUCCAGUGAAGGACAUUCCAUAACCUCUCAUGGCAGCAUGUGCUAUUGUCCUGCUGUUCUUACGUAGUGGUUUUUCAUGAGAUUUAAUCUGCAUUUGCUCCACUGUAGGUUAAAUUCAUUGCAUUGUGUCCUGUCUUCUGUGGCAAAGGGAAGCAAUUGUUCUUCCUUUCGUUUAUUGUAGACUUUCAAAUAUUUGAAAAAUGUUUUUAUUCUCACUCCUUAGUCUCCCACCCCCUACUUCAGACUAAACCUCUCUGUUUCUCUCAACCUUUCUUUGCUUUCAUUCCAUCCUUCAUAAUUUUUUGUUCAUCUUUGGAUCCUUUCCAAUCGAUCUGAAACAAGCUUCAGCCAGAGUACUGCAUCCUGAAGUAAAGUGGUCCUGUUACUUCUCAUAGCUCACAUGCAGUACUUCUGUUAAUGCAGCCCAAAACAGCAUUUGCUUUUCUUUCAACAGCAUCACACGGCUGACUCGUUGAAUCUGUGAUAUACCAUAUCCCACAGGUUCCUGCUGGCAGUGCUGUUAAAAAGACAGUUAUCGCCCAUUCUGUAUUGAGCAUUUUUCUUUUUCUUUCCUGUGUCUGGCAUCCUGCAUUUAUCUUUUAAUUAUUGUCCGUACCAGAGCCCUCUAAUCCAAGGGUUGACAGUUUUCUGGCGGAGCGCUGGAACGACCCUGCUCAAGUCUGAGGCAGGUCAACACUAGGACUAUGACUGUGGUGCCACAUUGGGAACACUCCCCCUCUGCAAUCCCCUGGGCACCCAAUUGCGAUGCAGUCUGGGCAGAGCUUCCCUUCUAUUGAAGCCCCCAGCACCCAAAUGUGGCACAGCCUGGGCAGAGCCCGCAGCUGCUGAAUGCUGCCAAAGCCACAGCUCCAUAGGCUGGAUCCAAAGUCGCCCCAUGGCUGAUCCCACUGACCCAGGUGAGCGCGAACGGCUGCAGGGGGAAUGCUUCUUUUGGUGGCCCCACUCCCUGGCUGGCACUUUUGGAGGGGCACCAACACUCUCGCCUGCCCCCCCCUGUCUAGGAAUGCUGGCUGUCGGGUGCACCAGUGCUUUCAGGGGGGUGCACGUCCGCCCCCUACAUAUCGCCACUGAUUCCUGCCUUCCCAAGUGCUUGCAGCGUUUUCCAGUUUUGUCAUCUCCAGACUGUUGCAAUGUCCCAGGACACAACUCUAGCUCCACUGCUGCUGGUUUGCCAGUGAGUCAAUGGAACCAAAUAGAAAUUAAAUAGCCUUUAUUCACUGCCGGCCAAACUAGCAGUGGGGAUAUAUAUACCAGGUACACAAAUCCAGAACUCUGCAGAAAACCUGCAUCUUUAUGCAUGUAACCUUCUGUGAACCAUCCAGUCUCAGUCUUAACACAUGAAUGCACAGAGCUAAGUAGUAUUCCUUUCUCUUACUGAACAGUGCAUUGCCAUGUCAGUCCUCUUUCCACAUUUCUCCUCCUCCUUAUGUAUGGCAUCAGAUAUCAACUUACAAAUCUAUGAGCCACUGUCUGGUAUUAUCGCUCAAUGUGUGGAUUCUGUCUGUCCUGUCUGGGCAUUUGUAAAGUUUGCAGCUUUCAAUCAAAUGCUAUGCUGUUUGUUAGACACCACAUUCAUGCAGGGGACUGCCUAAGAUGUUCAUCUUGUAAAGUACUGUUUUGAAGCAUCCAUAUCCUGAUCUGUGUGUUCAGCUUGACCCAUGCUUCUGUAUCAAGGUCAUACCCAAAGGGGACUCAUUUGGUGUUAGUAUAAAAUGCUGUAGGAAUAAGUCUCAUCUUUCCCAGUGGUUGGCCCACUCCAUAGCUGCCCAUGGGUUUGGUUCAGCAUCCCCCAUCUCUUCCAGGAGCUUGCAGGCUUCAUGUGUAAAUGUUUUCCGGCUUUUAAGUCUUCUUAUCCCAGAUUCCUUAACUAUCUGUCUGACUUCCAAACCACUUGGGAGGCUGCACCUUGAUUGAUGUGAUACUGAAUAGAGAAUAUCCACAUUUUGAGACCUCUUAGUCCUCCCAGCAUGUUCACAUCACUGUCACAUUCCUAGGGUGUGCCUGACAAUCAAACAGUCUUGAGGCAACCAACACAGACUUGAUUAGGAGCCUCCCUAUUCCUGCAUUCCAGGUGGUAAUAAAAAUGUUGAACAGUGCCAGGCUUAAAACGGGUCCCUGGGUCUGUACUUUUAUUGUGGCACUGAUAGGCAACAGCCCAGUGCCAAAAGUUGUCAUAUGCUGUUUGUCAGGUGAUAACAUAAUGGUUCGUAGUGCCUUGGGCUGUUAGUGCUUGAUUUAUGGUGCCUGAUGGUGAAAGAGUCUGUUGAGAGUUGCCAUAUUGCUACACUUGGUGUUUGCCAUGUUAAUUCAACUUGUUGGCCAACACUAAUCUUGAGUUGAAAAUAUAUUCUCCAAAACAUGUAAUCCUAAACUAGUGUAUCUAUUAAGGUUUCUUAAGUAAAAAGAAAGGCAUUAUAUUUGCUGGUAGGCAUAGUCUUAUAGCUCCAUUAGCAUGAUGUUUUGGGGUCUCAGAAUUGUACUUCUGUGAGAUUCAGACCCCUACAGAUAUAGAGGUAAAUGCAAAUGAGGUAAAUGCCAGUGGAGUCUUACUAAAUAUAGAUCAUGCCAGAUUAACUCGGUGUGCCUUUGAAUGAAACGAUCAUUUGUUUUCUAAGCAAGCGAACGUGUACAUUUAUCUGGAUUUUGCUGAAACACUAGGUGUGGUGUUGCCUGGGAAACUGUAUUUGAAGAAGAAGCUGAGGAUUGUAUUAGGUCAAGAGUUGUACAUAGUUGAAGUGUCUGAAGGGACGUUGGAUGGGAGCGGGUGAACAAUUGAGUGGGAGAGAAGUUAUAGAUGGAUCUUUCAAGGGUUGGUCUUCAGGACUGACCUUUGUUAAUAUGUCUAUUUAUGACCUUGACACACACAGUGUGUCAUUAGAAGAAUUUAUUAGUACAGUUGCAUGGCCGUCUUAAUACAGAGAAGAAUCAGAAUAUCAAAAUGGAAGAACUGGGUGAGUCUAAAGACUGGAGUGAUAGAAAGAGGAUGACAGUAAAUAGUAUAAAUUACCUACCUGCCCUUCUGUAACGGUGGAGGAGUGGGGUGGGGGGAUGAAUUAAAGAUGACCCUCCAAUAAUUAGAUCCGAUACAUAGAAAAUUAUAACAAAUUUUAUAAUUUUUCCAUGUGUUUAAUCUACUUAUUGAAGGGUUCCUUUAAAUUCAGGGUCACCUAAGAUUCAAGUAAAUACAGUAUAUUCCACUUCAAAUGUGAAGCUACAUGUUAAACUUUCACUCUGAAAUGUGAUAUUUGUAUGGAACACAGUGGCAACUAAUAAUAAAUAUCCAUGCAGUUUGA